CUUGCGCCAAAGAGGAGUAAUCAGAAAGAGGACGAUGACGAAGGUUCAAAGCGGACGAAAAUCGAUCAAUAUUUCCAUGCUCGCGCUGGGACCCCACUCCCGCUUUCACAAGAACUACCACCAGAUGAGACUUCAAAAGCUACGAUUAUGGAGAGGCUCAUUAACAGCAAAAGCAGUAUCGCAAGAUAUCGGAUCAUAGACGCCGCAACCGGAUAUUACGCUGAUUUAAGUACUUUGGAAAAUCAACCGCAAUUACAAAUCGACUAUUUAUUGGAAUCUUAA